UCUACCUCCAACACUUCGAGUUCCUCGCUCGCUCUCUGCAGCAGCUGCUGUGCUCUGCUCUGAAAACGAUUUCACCUCCCACCACUACUCUGAAAUCCCGGGCCUCCGGGUUUCCCGGCCUCACUCACUCACUCACUCUCCUGUACUACUAGUAGCAGCCAGCCAGCCGGCCAGCAGCAUCACCCUCUCCCGUAGCUCACCUUAACUACCGCCUGACAGGCAUCGCCCUCUCCAGCUCCGUCUCAAACUUUCAAACUCCACUCUGUUCCCUCCCACCAGCAGCGCCAAGCAACACCUCGUUGCACUCUGAGGGUGAUCGGGUGGCAUGAAGUGGUACUCGCGGAGCCGGUCCGUGCCGGCCACGCCCAGGGGCCUCCCCGCCGACGCCAUCGCCGGCAACCCCGGCCCCGGCUGCAUGUCCAUGGUCCACUACCUCAUCUUCGCCCCCGGCGCCGGCUGCGUCGGCCGCCCUCCCUCCUCCGACGGUUCCUCCGUUGCCGCCACGGCCACCGCCGUCGUCUCCGGUUCCCACAAGCUCAACUCUCCUUCUCCCUCACCCCACGAGAAAGGGCUGGAGGCGCCGAGGAACAGCCUGGAGCUGGACGCGGACCAGCUGCGGGACAUCCAGAUCGGCGUGCAGGUGGAGCCGGCGUUCGACGCGCUGGCGGUGGCCGGCAGGAGGAGCACGGGAGGCCGGGCCACCGCGCCGCCGUCCGAGGCCGGGACGCCGCGCACGCCCAGCCUCGUCGCGCGCCUCAUGGGCAUCGACGGCCUCCCCGACGACGCCUGCUCGCCCUCGCCGGGCCUCAAGAAGGGCAACAACAAUCCCAGGGCGGCGGCGGCGGCGGCGGCCGUCAAGGAGAAGAAGAAGCGGGUCAUCCCCGAGUCCAUGAACCGGCAGCCGCUGCGGAGCCUCAGCUGCAACGUCGGCGCCGGCGACGCCAGGUCGCUCCCGGACACGCCGCGGGCGUCCGCGUCGUCGGCCAGGACGGCCUCCGCGUGGGACGUGGUGGACCGCCCGCGGCUGUCGUUGCAGGUGCUCAAGGAGAACGUGCUCGACAGGGCGGCGCAGUACAUGUCCAUGCCGACCUCGCCGACGUCGGCGAAGAAGAAGAAGGAUAGGAGGGACGGGGACGCCGUGGGGCACCGGCGGAGGGACGCCAAGGAACACGCCCGCGAGAUCGUCAGGCAGGCCAAGGAGACCGUCACCAACCGCAAGUCCGGCGGCAAGCAGAAGCCGACGACGGCGAGCGCGGGCUGCGACAACAAGGAAAACGCGAUUCCGUCUGCGGUGGAGGACAAGAAGAUGGUGGUGGUCCAAGUUCCAGCAGCGGCAGCUUCCGUCGUCACACCGACCGCGCCGCCGACGCCGCAGGCGAAAGCACAAGCCGAUCAGCAGCAGCCACACGCCCCGAGGCUUCCACCGCCCCCGCCGCCGAUGCGCGCGAAACCGUCGCGGCCACCGCCUCCGCCACCGCCACCGGAUCAUCCAAUUCCAACGACGUCGACCAGAGCGGCGCCGCUGUCGCCGCAGGCCGUCCAGUGCAAGCGACCACCAGACGGGUGCGAGCGCUUCGCGACGCGGGUCAAGAAGCCGCCAGCCGAGACAACGAUUGAAAAGGCGGCACCCCCGUCGUCUCCUUCCACAGUCGCAGGAGCCACCGCGCCGGCGGCGAGCUCGCACGCGCGCGUCGUCGACCAGCACCACCGCCGCAGAUUACUUCUUCCCGCGGUGGCGUCCACAUCGUCCUCGUCCUCGUCGCUGGAGGACGACCCCGAGUACGGUUACCUGCGAACGGUGCUGGAGCGUGGCGGGUUCAUGCGCGCAGUGCCGCCGCCGCACCGGCCGUUCAAGGGCCACUCCAUGUCAUCCCCGGUGGACCCGAUCGUGUUCCAUCUCCUGGAGCUGGACCUCCCCGCGGACGACUCCGACGACCGCCGCCAGGGCCCGCUCCGGCACCGCUGGAACCGGAAGCUCCUCUUCCACCUAGCACAAGAAAUCCUCGCCGAUCUCCUCCACCUCGACGACAACGGCGCCUCCCCCGCAACAAGACCGCACGGGCCGGCGCUGCUAUCCAAGUUAUGGAGCACGGUGAAGGCGUUCCCGGCGGCGGACUGCAGGGUGGUGGGCGACAUCGACGCGCUGGUGGCACUGGACCUGGACUCGGCGAGCGUGCGCGGGCUGGCGCGGCACCCGGCGGUGGCGGAGGAGGCCGGCGACGUGGCGGAGGACGUGGCCGAGCUGGUCCUGGACGCGCUCCUCAGGGAAUCUCUCCCUCCGUCGUCCUGGUCGUUGUCGCCGGCACGUGCGCCGAGGUAGCUAGCCGUUGGGCAGGCGUGACGCCGGGUGACGUCGCCGGAUCCCAACGGAAUCAGCGGGGGACGGGCGGGCGCUGACACCCAUGCGGCGGGCGGGCGUACGCUCCGCGGCAGGGCGGCCGUACCAACCGACCGCCGCUGCGGCUCCCUCAGAUCACUGUUCGACGGCCGCGAUGACGACGGGUGGCAGGCCGGUGGCUUCGCUUUGGUGUGCGUGCGCAUGGGUUUUACUACUCUUGGUAGUAGUAGUAGUUCUGGAUGAGUUACUAUAAUUACUUUCUUUCCCUCUCUUUUUUUCUCUUUAAAUUUUAGAUUUCAGGUGUACAUAAUGAACCAUCGAUCUCAUCUUGUAAUUUUGAUCAACAUCAUGAUGAUACAUUCCCAUUUCUCA